UGUAUCCUGUUGGAACAUAUAUCGCAAGCCUUGGUCGACGCGUACACAAACUGCUGAGGACUAACGCUAAUCGGUAUACAGCGAGAAAUCUUGCAUAAUUUUCCACGACCAUGGCAAUCCUGAAAAGAUGCCUCUGUGUGGACAAUGUCCGAGGCGGCUCCGCAUUAUCAGCUGUAUACUCUGUGAUCUCUUCUCUUGUACUCCUGGUACUGGCUGCCAUCCAACUGUCAGCGAUCACAGAGUUGCCUGCGAAAUACAAUACCGGCAACAUCACAACUGUUAGCGCUUUGUACGUGGUUUCGGUGAGCCUGGUUGUAGUGUCCUCGCUGCUAGUCCUUUGGGGCACUUCGAGGGAUGAUCGUUGGUUUCUGUUACCAUAUAUGAUUGUGAUGCCGAUACUCAUUCUAUGGCAGCUAGUUGGUUUAAUCAGUUUCCUGUACCUCAUUAUAAGCCUUAGCCUCGACUCUACGGGAUUAUUUGCCAUCGUCAUCGUUGUGGUCCAGGGUCUUAAUUUUCUCUUCAAUUAUCCCAUCUUCUAUUCUUCCAUCGCGGCGACUAUCAUGGGCCUCCAUCUCGUACUUAAUAUUGCUAGCUUCCUUGCUGUGACGUCUCAAUAUCAGGAGUUGAGGGAUGGCCGGGGAACGACUUACGACGUUUACGCCUCCAGGCGGGGCACUGACAGGAACCACGAACCCUUUGGAGGCAUGUUGAAUCAGCCUGCACACGGCACGCCAUUGCGAAGUAUUACCACGGAAGGAUAGGGCUUGCUAUCAAGGAUCAACAAUCAGGGCGACAGUGCGCCUCCAAGAGUUUGUAACGCGUUGGUUGGCCAAUCGCAAUGUGCGAAAUCUGUCGGCCCUUUCCAAACGCGCACUGGGUCGACAGAUUUCGCGCACUGUUAUUGGUCGACGCAUUACAAACUCUUAGAGGUGCACUAUUGUGAAUCGCCCGUAUUGGCCGUGCGACGGGGGAAAGUAUUAAAAUGUUACCAGUCGGGCUUCGGUAUUAGUAUAAGAGAUAAUUAUCUAAACAUCAUGAUCCACUUGUAAAUUAACUUAUAAUUGAGCAUCAAAUUACAAAUGGUUUUUAUCAUAAGUUCUUUUUAUUUUUGGUUGAACAGCCUACCGUUAAAAUAAACGUCCUACGAAUUUCAUGUCUGUAUUCUGUCCCGCAUAUUGGAGGAUGCAACAAUCGUUUGAAAAGUGUGUAAUAACGACUCAAACAGUUGGCGUCAUUAGAACAUCUCAAUGUCCAAGACGAUGUUGCGCCUUUUUAGUUUGUAAAGCCAUUUUCCAUUGUAUUUGAAGAGUAAAUGCGGGGGCCGAUCUGUCACAACUGAGUUACGGUAAGGGAUAAAUGUGCUUCUGAAUGAUUUACCUCUGUUGCUAUACUUGGAUAUGCUACCAUUAACAUACUCUUAAACGUGUUGCUGCAAUAAAUUUUUCUUCGACACGAAAUUUA